GGAGACCAGACCCUCGAGUUUCUAGACUCAUCGUUUAAAUUGGUGCGAAACUCAUUGGAUAUCAAUCUCGAAAUCUCUCUUCGAUAUGGCUCCUCGUAUGCAACAGGACAUCGAAAUGGGCUAUAGAGGUAGCGAGGCUGGGAAUGAGGCUCAGGACGUCGAGAGUCUGCAGCCACCCCGUCGGGGCCUGGGGUGGAAAAUACAUGGCCAGCGAGUUGGUCCUGGUUUGAGCGCUGCAAGCAUAUCAAGUGCAAUCUCGCACUGGUCAGUUCAAUGGGUUGCCAGAUGGGUUCCAAGAUCAAAUCGAGCAAUCGCCGAGGAAGUCUCACCAGAGUCAUUAUCAGACGCUCAAAACAGUUUCCUCGCUGAAAUAUUGGGACUGGAGUUGGGAGAAAAGCCCCGCGAGGAACUGAAGGAUGCCUGCGCCUGGUACAUGAAUUUCCUAGAAUUCAAAAUUAGACAAGCCUGGAAGUCCUUGUUUAUUCCAGUUCUAAGAGGCACAAUCGGCAAUGAGCAGGCCCCUCCACCCAAUAGCGAAGACUUUUCCUUGACCUUCGAGAUCUUGAAGACUAUUGCCGAGGCACUCAGACGCGAGAAUCUGGCUCUUACAGAUAUUCUAGACAAGCUAUACAAUGAAAAUCUGUUCAAGGAAGCCGACGGCGACCGCUCACACGCAAAUCAGCUUGUGUUCGCUGCUCUGGGGUGGAUAAGCUCCCUAUAUUCCGCCAGACAUGACCCAGAUCCCAUGAAGCUUCAAAUAAACCUCCCAGAUUCUACGUCUUCUGUACCCGAGAGUCCACACACAGCCCGCCGCCGCCGACGUUCCAAAAAAGAAACAUUUACGCAUUUCUCCCAUACGCAAGAGAACAAUGAUCAGCCUCUCAACACUCUCCUCGGCAGUUUCGGCAAGGUGAUACCGCAGCGGCAGAGACAGUGGGUCUCUGGACGCGUGAGCCCAGCCUCCAUAAACCCUGUACGGCAUGACGAUGACUGGAUCGAGCUCUCACUGCUCUGUUUCCACGCAUUAAACAAGGUAGCAAAUGUCAAGAUUGAGUGGGUGGAUAGUCUGUCUCUGCAUCUGGAGUUUGACAAUAAGACAAAAGUGCUGAAAGUCUUUCGGCUACCGAGCUUAUGUCUACUUAUGUGUUGCUGCGAGAAAGUAUCACCUUUAUCCCAAAUAUUCUACGACGCCACCGGGGAAUCAGAAGGCUAUUCCGACGACCUCGAAGACGCCUCGGAUUUCUACAGCGAAGUGCUGCUCUCCUACCGCCUCAUAUUUGGGCAAGACCUGUCCUCCGCAGCCGACUUUCUACUCCUCGCGCGAGACACACCGCUUCCCCUCGACUUCUACGAUCCUCUGCUCCCAGCCCUCUGUGGCGCCAAGUGGCCAACGAAUGACAAAGCAAGAGAGGUCUACGAAUUAAUCGUAGCCGAAGACCCGUCGUCGCAAUAUCGCGCUUCGAUCCACUUCCCGUUUCUGGGGAAGAGGUUGUUGGAUAUCCAGACUCAUGUUAAGGGAUUCCAUCCGAAUGAUUUUCGGAGUCUAUGGAAUGAUAGGAGGAAUCGGGAGAGGUGGUGGACGUUUUGGGCGGUGAUUUUCUUUGGCGGUUUGUCACUGAUCCUUGCGUUGAUAUUUGGAUUUCUUCAGACGAUACUUGCUGGCUAUCAGGUUUACUAUGCCAGGAAACAAUAUUUGCAACAGCCAAUGGCGCCUAUUUGAACACUGCCAAUGCAUCGCUUUUCACAAUGGCCACAGCCACGCUGAAGAAAGAGCAUAAGUUGGGGAUAUCUCGUUC